ACAGAACGGGCAGAACAGAUCAGCUCUGUGUUUACGUUGAGAUGCUUACAACAAAGGACAGCGCACCGCGGAGAGCCUGUCAUUUAAAAGAAAACACCGUGGAUAUAUUCUCUAACAGCCAACCUUUUUAACUCACAACCACGGGAAAGGGGGAGACGUUAAUCCUCGUUGGCUUAUUAUUUGACGUGAUGAGGGUUUCACUUUUCUCUUUCUGUCAAACCUGCUCCGAGGGGAGAAAUUAAGACGAAAUUUUCUUUAUUUUUUAAGCCGGUGGAGCGUUAGCUAGCUUGCUAGGCUCAGCAAGUUGGGAAGCCAGGCACCAGCUGGAGGAGAAGCUAGCAGUCCUGUCAGCAGCACCGAAGACAACAAAAGGAUUUCAUCAUUCACAUCGCAGUAAGAGCAUGUUUACAAGCCACCUGACUUUGCUCUAUAACGUUAGGAACGCCACGGCGGUUCACAGAAAGCUAAUUUAGCUGUAGCACUGUUCAUUGUUAUUGACGGUCACCUGCUUUGUCCUGCAAGUGGCUCUGCCCAUGCACGGAUUUAUGAGCUGAUACAGUAGUUUAUCAAUUUCCUCCUUCUCUCGUGUUCAUGCACAUAGCAGGUAAGUCAUCACAGGACUGCUAUUGUGAGUGCUGCAGCUGCAAAGUCUUUGUCAAGUUGCCUGCACAUACUCAUGCACCUGUUUUGACUCUGUCUCUUUAUCUGGGUGGAAAUCAGAAGCUCUGUGAAGAUAAAGCUGCUGGGGUUUUUGUGUGUGUACGGAGGCUUGAGAAAUGCAGGUAUUAGUUUACAUCACCUCCAGUCUUUAUGCUGACCUGUCACAGAGGGGGUCGAGUGAGAAAGGGAACAUUGCCUGAUAAGGAAUUAGGCAAAUGAAUGGAGUCGAGCCAUUACUGAAGCUUGAUUGCAAGUUAAUGACUCUCCUCCUCUCUCCUCUUUCGCUAUCACCCAUCUCAUCUUGCUUUGUCUCCCUCACUCUUUCCUCCCCCUCUAUUUCUUUUCCUCUCCCACCCGCCUUGCUGCCCUUCUCUAUCUCCUUCUUUUACUCUGUACUGGUAAAACAUGAGGUGAAAUACUUGGUUUCUGAUAGAGAUCUCACUGACUCCUUUUUCUUGUCACAGUACAGACAGAUGACCAUUAACUCUAUCUGCCCUAGGCCUCAUUUCCAUUGUUUGCUUGUGGUAGUGAUGACUGAUCAGGGAACUAUAUUUUCUAAAGGCUUUACACUUGGGUAUAAAGUUUAUUUUUCAUUUCCUUUUUUAAAAAAAAGCAAGUCUUUUUCCUUUUUUCUUUUGUGUGCAACUGGAGAGUUAAGGGCAGGAGAAAAUUAUAAACAAGGUGUGGUUAAAGGGAACUAUUAUGUAAGUGUAUGAGUAGUUUGAAACCGUUCCAAACAUUGAGCUUCAGACUUAGUGCUGGAAAUGCACAGUAGAGGCCCUUUGUCUUCCAAAACUUUCUUGCAACUCUUGUUUUAUUUCAUCUUUCAAUCAAGCUGCAAAAAUAUGAAUACUCAAACUUUGUGAUUUUGACUUGUCAGGGUACACAUUAGAUCUAAAGCUGUGAGCAUGAGUACUCAUUGGGUGCUCUAUCCGAGUCAGGUUGCAACACUUGCUUAAACAUUACUGCCAUCUCAUUGGAAAGGCUGGAGAAUCUUUUUGUGCAGACUAUUUUAAGUCUGUGUUCUCACUGUCCUUUAAAUGUGAUAACUUCUGGCUGGACGUGCCUUGGACACAGUGAAUGCCGUGUAACUGGGGAGAGUGGAGGUGCUGCAUGCACAAGUUUGUGUUUGCACAUUUGAAUUGGGUGUGCUACCUGCAGGACUGUGUGUUUGUGUGUAUGUGUGUGUUAUAUGUUCUCUCCAGCACAGUUUGCAGUCUCAGUUUCAGGCAGGAAACUAGAGCUGAUGGUGUCAGACAGGAGCUCAUAGGGAGCUCUGAUGUCUUAAUGGAGGCUCAGUGCUGCCGGUAUCCUUAGUAACCUGGUCUGUGGGGACACAGAGAGGCCUCCAAGUCUCGACAGUGACUGGAUGAUAUACCAAUGCUGUCCAGGAGCAUAAAAAUCGUGUAACCUCCACACCGGUAACUAUUUGAAUGUUUUGCUUUGUUUUUAUUUUACUGUCUUGUUUUUAGAGUAGUGUCUGUCUGUUUAAUAUGAAGGUGACAUUUCAUUGUUCUUUUUUAGUAGGUCACUGCAAAUAUGCUGGCUUCCAUGACAGGAAAAGCAUGAUUGUACCUUAACACCCCAAACACUAAGACACUAAAGUUGUACUGAUUGCUAAACUUUGUUCCAAUGCUGUUACAGGACUAUUUAAGAGGCUUAAGUCUAUACUUAAGAUGGUUUUUCAAAACAGGAGAUUGGUGACACUCAAACAAACCAAUCUUUUGAAAAAAAAAAUGCAAACAUGUCCUUUGUGGCUGAAAAGGGUGAUGCAGAUUGCACAACAAGUGCAAGUUUCAUCCUUUCGCAUUAUAGCUGUAAUAUCACAAAGGCAGUGUUGUAAACUUGUAGUUUAAGGAAACAUUCUGCACCUUCAGUGUGAACUGAUUGAAACUGUGUUUUUAUCACAGAUAUCACUCAAAUAGAUGAAAGCUUCAGCUAUUCUGCAGCCAACAGUUGGUGGUUAAGACCUGCAAGUUGAGUGUGUGUGUCUGUCUGUGUGUAUGCAAAAGCAUGCCAUGUGUUUGUUAACAUGGGUCUGCUGACUUUUAAACCUCAGUUACAACACAUCAUGUCAGGAGGCUUUUAUUUUUGUAUGUUUUUCAGGUUUUAUUUAUGUGCGCACAUGCCUUUUUCGGAUCAUUUCAUCAGGGAGGGUCUCUCAACUCAGCAGGGAUCCAUGCUAGUAAUCUUCAGCGCAGCUGAGCUGCAGCUUUCCCCCCGCUGUGUGUGAAGAGCCUGGUACUCUCCUCUCAGUCCGGCUUACUUUCUGCUGGGCUGGUAAACAGACUCAAGUUUGUGGAGGGAGAUUAUGUCUGUCAUGGAAAGUGGGUCAGACAGUGGGCACGUUUUUAUAGCCUUGUUUCUGUAAGGUGGGGAAGGAAAAGGAGAAAGGGGAAACAUUAAACUACCAGCAUUUUUCCAUAGAGUUGCCUGAGGCAGCAUGUGCUCCUCGGCUUUUCUUCCACUCUCCCUCUUGUCAGAAUCAUUAUCAAUCAGUUUCUUGUGCCUCUACGAACAAGACAUACAGCUUGGCUCUUGUUUAUGCUUGUCAUGAGUUUUUUCUAAAGCUGAGCCUUUUGUCGUAGUAAGUCAUAAUGACAUUUAUCGUUCGCAUAAAUAUGAACGUUGGAGGAUUUGCAAAAACUGUGCUCAUCCUUUUUCACAACUGUGCAGAUGUAAGCAGUGAUUAAGCAGCAAUACUAGCUUACAUGUUUCUGAUUGUGACUGAGUAGUGCUCAGAAUCAGAUUGAUCCCAGCAGGAGCUGGAGUUAGUUACCUGCCAUCUCUUCAUGCUUUUAUAUUUCCUUUGAAUUUGAAAUUUGAAUCUGAAAACUUCUUUGAAUCAAAAUCCACUGCCAUGGACAAAAGGACAGACACAUUUUUCAGUUCUAUCCACACUGGCAAGGACUUCACAAUAUGUAUCUUUAUGGAUGUGAAAGUAUUUUGAUUUAGCUCCUGGCACCUUUUGUAAAUUAUGCUGAGUUUUGUAUAAAUACACCAACUCUUCAUAAAGUAUAAUACAGUUUGGACAUGUAUGCUAAAAAAAAUCCAUCAGGCAAUUUCUAAUUACCAGAAUGUUUGGCUAGAAAGACUAGUUUUGCAUGGCUCAUCCUCUUCUGGGUAUUAUUAACAAGUACAACAACAAAGUCCCUCCACUGUCUGCACGUCAUUUUCUGCUAAUAAUGAAAUGCUUCCUGUAAGUCAGUACACAUUACUACAUAAUUAAUGUAAAGUCAUGCCACUGAGAAAUCUGCAUAGUAAAAACUCUAUGAAUAAUUGAACUUUCCUCAGAAUGAAAGCAUUUAACACCCAUGUAAGGAAGGCUCAGCCUAGACAGACAACAAAAGGCAACAGGUAGGAUUUAGCAAAGGCUGAAUAAAGAAAGUGCAAAGAUCUGCUCUCCUUUCUCUUUCUCUGAGUUUCUCUUUUAAUCAACUUUUUACGCAGUUUAGGGGGUAUUAUAGUUGUGUGUCUUAUUUCUUCCACUGCUUUUGUCUUUCACAUUUAUCCAGCGUGCAUUUCUACCCUUUUUUAAAACUUCUCUGUCAUUAAAAAUAACACCAAGGUUUCUUCUCUGCUGCCAACACUUGAGUAAGAGAGAGCACAGUGACGCUGUUCAGUUCUUUUUGAAAAGCUGUCAGGGAGUGAAGUCCUCCUUUUUGCCAGCUUAAAUCUGGUCAGUUAGCUGAAUUUAUGAAUGAAAUCUUUGUUUGUAAAUGUUGGUGCAGUUGAGGGGGAAAAGGCAGUUGAUGUCAGGGUUGGGCUGACUCAUUGAAGGAGCAAAAUCACUCUACCUAAGUUACAAGAAAAUCAUAUGAAGAAGCAUAAUGACAGUAAUGCUUUAGUUUGACUGUUUGACUUUGCUUUGUGUCAUAUAUGACUUAGAUUGGUUAAGUUGUAGAGAACAUCAACCUAUACAAACACACAGGAAGAAGGGUUUCCUGAGUUGAAGAGAUAAAAGAUUUGCAGUAUAUUGCAGAGGAAGGUUGAGAUAUGUUUCAAUACUAACACAGUUAAACAACAUUAGACUGAAAAGUGAAUGUGCAUGCAUGGUAAAAAGCUGUUUUUUAAAUUCAUUUACGAAGUUAUAGAUUGAAACAAUAUGUCAGUAACAGAGUGGCAGGGGAAGCGCUAACAGAGACUUUGAAAGAAUAACGAAAGUGUUUAUUUGUUGAAAAAAGAUCAUUCAGUACCAGAGUAGGGCAGGUUUCGAUAGUUUCUCUUCUCUUGAAGGUGUUUUCAACACCUCUGCCCAGACUCUGACCGCAGCAUACUCUCUCUCUGCCCUUUUUACAGCACCAGAUUUCCUCUUACAAGCAGAAACUGAAAGUCCUGUUGAGGUUUUACAUCAGGAGAUGAGUUUUGUGAAGGUCUGUAUGAUUCUCGAGAAGCCAUCUCUGUGGUUUCCCUGCUGUGUAGUUCCUUUCCUGAAACUACUGAUAUAACCUGGUACCUUCUCUGUUCCACACACACAUUUGCAGACUUGCAUUCACACAUGCACACGCACACACAGAGCCGUAAUUAUCCACUCCCCUCUGAUCGUGCGUGAUUGCCAUUUCCUGCUUCACUUUCCAACCUUCCUGUCUCAAAUGAGCUCUCAUCCUCAUACACACACAAAUGGCUAAGUGUGUAACUUCCCCAGGGUGCUUUGCUGUUCCUGUGAAAGUAUAGAUGGACUGGGCAGUGAGGCUGUUAAGUAAUAGAAGUUGUAGGGUCCUUGUGCACAACACAGCAACAGUGAACAGUGACUGAGAUUUGAAACAGGAGGAGAAUUGGCCUUUGUUACAUGAUGUAAGCUUUCACACAAGACAACAUGGAAGUGUUGUUCGGACCAAAGAUAAACAUUAAGUUUCAUUUGCUUCCAGAAAUCUCAGGCCUGUUCUUUAUUUUUGGAAAAAGUCCUUGAGGUAGAGCCAGUGGUCUGAAGUGCGAGCAGUGCCAAAACCCAAAACAACCCCUUUGCAAUGUAUGCAGCACUAUGCACUGGCUUCUCUCGAUCAUCUGGACAAGAGGCUAAUGGUUACAAACUGUGACCAGGUGGUGUACAGUAAGACUCACACUUUUUCUUUGUAAUCCCCAGAGAUGCAACCCACACCAACACCGGUGAGCUUAUGAAUGAGCCACAAGCAUACAAGCUUAGGGAAAGUUUUCUCUAGGAUAUGACCAUAGACUGUAUAUAGAAUGGACAGCAUCUGCCUCCUCGCUGGGUGAAGCCACUCUGAGAACAGCACCCUCUGUUGACGGGCUGCAGUAUAGGUCAUAAAUCACGCCUCCGCAAGCAAAGCUUAUGGGGCUGUAGACAAACUUUAGACAUUUAUUACACAGAAAAUACAUUUUUCUCCCCCCCGGGUUGGGAUGUUGUAAAUACAGAGAGCUUUUUGGCCUCAAAUCCGUAUAUUGGCAGGAGGCGGAACCAAGUUGUCCAUACAGUCUAUGGAUAUGACCCUCAAAGGGAUAUUCCGGCGUAAAUGUAAGUUGUGGUCAAACACAGUAACACUGAGUUAGACACCCCCUCAAGAGAUGAAUGUUGCUGACUGCUUGCUUCUCUAGUUAUACCAACUUUUGUUAUGACCGCACAAUAUUAAUACACAGCGGUCUAUGUCUCCAUGUGCAAACCUCAACCAAAAAGCAACUCUAUAGCCACAAAUAAUGCUCAGAACAGCACCUAACUUUAUCAACAGUACAUAUAGGGUCCAAGCCAUAGUACUAGCCAUCAAACAUCUUUUUAGCUUUGCCUGGUUUCUAUAGCAAAGAGACCAAACACAACUCACCUACUCUCCUCCAGCAGCCGCUUGUUUGUGGGGGAGCCCCGACGAGUAGAUCACCGAGUGCAGUGAAAAAUUUCCAUUAAGUAAUAGUCAUCAUAAUAAUCAUUUUGCACUGCAGAUGCUGUAUUCUUCUUCCUUAGCGUCUCGGUCUGAUUGCAUUUCUAUGAAGUAAUGAUCAUAAAUGUUCUUCCUUGAGCUGCGAAACUCCACUGCGCUCGGUGAUCGAUUCGUCAGGGCUUGAUAAAAAAUGUAUCUAGAUAAAUUCUAGAAAUCAUUGACUGUCUUAACAAAAAUAAAUAAAUAAAUAUAAAACAGAAAUCAAAUAAAUCCAUUUUUCAUGUUUGGGGUUGUACACAUAACCCAGGACAUUUGGUGCUUUACCAUUCGACACUUCAACUCCAAGGUUCAGUCUGUCUUUUUUAGUCCUUUUCCAAAGUUUGGAACAAUGGUGCCAGCAGCAGAAAAAAAAACAUCCUUAUAUAACAACCUCAGCCUUUUCACCUUGUAAACAGACACAUCAUCACAAAGACAUCUAUAGCAGAUCUAUAGCAGGAAAAACAGUCUUUAUGGCAUCAUGAUAACCAUGACACCACAAGAACCCCCCCUCGCAUGAUGAUAAAUGAAAAACCUGGAGUCAGAGAAUGUAUUUAUUCGCUUGAUUAAAAUGUUCAUUUAUUUCCGCAGAGUUUUACAGACUGCUCAGGAGCAGUGUGGUCGAGAGUGUGUUUUUAUUCAUUUGUCAAACAGAUGUAAACUUGGAAAGGGCUGGAGUGACAGAAAGCUUCAGAUUGGGGGAAGGUUUGAAGAAAUAAAGCGUUGCUGAGACAGUCAAAACUACUAAUUAUCCCAACAACCCUCCACUGCUUACUGUAAUACAUGGUUUUGUGUAAAAUUACAUAAAAUGACUUAAGAAUGAUAUGAGUUGACCUCAAUAACAUCGUGUAAUAAUGAGAAGUUGUUACAAAUUUGUAAACCUCCUCAAUGUGCGCACACAUCAUGAAUCGAUCUCUAUACACUCGUUUCUGCUGUACCGUGCUUCUAGGAAGGUCACAUCAUGUACUAGCCACGGUGAGUGGGUGACUGUGAAGCGCAUGCUGUAUGUAUGUAUUUGACCAGGCACCUAUGUGAUGUACAGUCUGUGUACAGUACACCCUUGUGCGUGACUGCACAUAUCACUGGUAGCAUGUCAACCUCCACAUGUACCAGUGGAGGAAAGUGUGUGCUGUAUCGGCCUUCAAAUGCCAGUGUCUGCUUUUUUGGUGGAUUGCUGCUGUGUGUUGGAGACUUCUCAUGGCUUUGUCUCUUGUUGCGAGUCCACCAGCAGGGCUGUUUGUUGUUUGUGUGCAUACGCUGGUCUGUGUUCUUCUCACUGAAUCAUUGAUGAGGCUGUAAUUCGAACGCCAGCCCUCCUACUUCUUCCCCUACCGUCUGUCAUCAGUUCACCUCCUCCCUGUGUCGCUUACAGGUUAGUCACAAAAUACACAGAGCCCCACAGAGAGGGGAAAAAAAUCUGUAUUUUUCUAUUUAUUUAUUUAUUUUUUCUCCAUCUUGAUGGUCAUACAACAUUACGUGAUAUCUAACAGAUUUAAAAGCUCAUAUGUUGGGUUCAUAUCCUUAACUCCUUGGAUAAAGUGAGAUCAGUAUUCUGGUCAGUUUUUGAAGAAAUGAGCCUGACUUUGAUUUUGUAGGGAGUGAUUCACUUAAGUUAAUCACAGGGUCAGUUGUUGUUUAUCAUACUGUUGUUAGGCUGCUCAAACAUCACACAAUCAUGGGACAAAGAUGUAGCGUAUUAGGCAUGAUUCCCAUUUCUCUGGUGAAAUUAGAACCUGUCAAGUAUUUUAAUCCACUGUGCCGACACAUGUCCACCAACAAGGCGCCUCUCUUUCACACUCAGGACCAUGUUUUGGUGAGGCAAUUCCUGAUCCCAGGAUUCUUCUGGCAUGCCCGUCUCUAGGAGCCUACAGGGCAACCAGUAGUUUGUUUUGAUGAGUCAAUUUAAUACUCAGCAGGAGUUUGGCGCUGCAGGCUCUGACAUAGUCUGCUUUUUAAAGAAAUGAAGGUGUGAACAGGGCUGUCAUACAGCAGGAAAGACUUGGUCCUGUGUGUACAUAGUUGACUUUAAAAGUUGAGAGUGUGUGUUUUUCUUCAGGGGCCUGGUGCCUCGGUGAAGUGCAGAGAAGUGUGUUGUAUGUUGGCUCUUCAUCACCCUAGAAAAUGUUUACUGGACAUUUCAGCAUGUGUCCUCAUGUGUUGGUUUUGUUAAGCAUGAUCCUCAGUGGCUUCUGAUGCCACCUUCACGAUGUUCACAUCUGCUUUCAACAACACAGCCAGGUUUACAUUCCUCACCUUGUUUCUAAUGUGCAAGUCCUUCUCUUGACCCGCUCCACAUAUUUCAUGCCUUGCUGUUUAUAGCUGAUGAGUGUGAGUAUUGUUGUGGCAACGCUUCCUUAGGUCAAGUGUUUGGCGUCUAGCCCAAGUGGAUUAUUCUCAUCUGCCUUGUUUCCCACUCCUCCUUUUUUCCGUCAUAGUCUCACCUUAUGAAAGGAGCUCAGCGUGACUAAAUGUUGCUCACUCGAGUGUCUGUGUAGAAUCAGUGUGUUGGUUACAGCACAUGGGGAAGUGGUCUGUUUUGUGGACCCGUUUAUAAGCUCUGGUUUAGGCUAAUGGUUACCCCAGAGAGCCUAGACACCACAGAGUGUGCCUGUCCUGUACUAGGUUUCUGUAAAAAGGGUGAUAAAAAAAAGACAGAUGGCUGGAGCUAAUUAAAUUUUUAUUCACUGUGUAAGUGAGCAUGUGUGCACCAUCCCGAGUAAGCAGGUUGGAUUUUUUUUUAUGUGUGUUUACUCACAUCAUUGCAAUAGGUGACGGUGAUAUGAUGUCAAUGUAGUGCAGCCAGGAGUAAACCUGAGAAGCGGACUUCAAAUUGUUCUCUGUGAAUCAGAAGACAUGGCAGCAGUUUUUUUCACACCUUGCUGUGUGCACAGUGCUUUUAGUUGAAAACAGUCCAACACCAGGAACACCCCAGCACUCACCAGUGUUACUUUCUUACCCCCAAAGUCCACCGCAUUCGUAACGGCACAGCUGCGGGAUGGUGGCAGUUUUCGUUGUCCGCCAAUUCCCGUCGGAUCUAUUGUGAGGGGAAUUUUGUGUCGAAGAUCAGACAGUGGGAAUUGCAAGGACUCACAAGAACCUGCAAAUUCACAUUGAAUCGAUUUUUUUUCUGUAAGGACAGCCACAUAACCAUACAAGCAGUAGAUUGUGUCCUUCUAGAGGAGGAAAUCCACUCUGUCCAGACCAGCAGAUCAGACGUCUGAAAACCUAUGACUUGUUUGCUCCCACUCACGUUUGAAUGGUGUGAAAUACUAAAUAAUAGUGUUUUAUUUGGAAAACAAGCCAGAUGUUUUAUUUUGUGUCAGUUAUUUUCCUUUGCACUCUGCUGUCAGUGACACAGGAUAAUAUGUUGUCCACUUCUAUUCCACCUGUAGUCUGACAGAGGAGUUUGGUGUCUGUGCUCUCUGGUGGGAGUGAUAUGAAGAAUAAUUUCACUGCAGGCUUCUCAGGACAGGUUUAACUUGGAGGUCACACCAAAGUUACACUUUCUGUCUCCCAUGUCCUCUCACCUGGAUAAGGCUAUCACUCUGUCUGCCCUGAGUUGAUUUCUUCCUUCCCCCAAAGUCACAUGUCAUGGGACUUAAGAUUUUGCUGUUAUGGGUGUUGUGAUUGAUAUUUGUAUGAACAUUGGACCAGACCCUGGACAUCUCUAAGGCCCAACGACCAAGAGAGGUUUGCAUCUUUUUGAGUGGGCAGAGAAUCAGGACUCUGUGCAUUGACAUACUGGCUUGUGUAAAUCACUUUGACUGUAUCUAAAUCACUUUGAGCAGACCGGCUGCAUGGUCUCCUGCGUCUCAUCAGAAACCAUGGCUCUGUAACUCAUGUAAGGAGCUAACACUCUGGUUUGUAUUGAUAAUACAGUCUUAUCAGUGGGUGUACACACUGAGGCCCAGCUUCAGGAAAUUUAGUUCAUGCUACAUUAAUUUUCUACAACGUUGCAUCAGCAGUGAUUUACCCCGUCUCAUAAGACCCUGCGUUUAUUUUACGGUUGCUCUGGAUGGAAUUGGUUUAUAGGUGCCAGUACACACUGUGGGUUUAAAUUCAGACAGUGGAUGGAGUUUUUGUGUGGUCUGGUGGUGUGUGAAUGGAAAUGAGUCUGAUCAUUUACUGCUGGAUGGAGAGAUCCUUGGCUAGUCCCAGUUGUAAUGACAGCAGCACCCAUCGAACCAAAUACUGUUGGAGCUUCAAUUGGAAAGUCUAUUUGCUAAACCAUAAGUUUAAGAGGUAACCAUAUACUAACCACAGGUCCUUCUCAUCUAGGGCAUUUCAUUGUAUUGUUGACUAUGUUUAACCUGCAUAUGACAAAUAAACCAAUCUUGAAUCUUGAAUCUUGACUGUAUAUAGAAUGGACGCCGUCUGCCUCUUCGCUGGGUGAAGGCACCGUGAGAACAGCAACCUCUGGUGACGGGCUGCAGUAUAGGUCAUAAAUCCCGCCUCCGCCAGUAAUCCUUAUGGAGCUGUGGACAAAAUUUAGAAAUUUAUUACACAGAAUAUUAAUUUUUCUCCCCCCUGCUUGCAAUGUUGACAUGUAGUUACUGUAAGACUGGUUUGUACUCAAGUCCUCUUUUUUAUGUACAGCUCCAUUGUUAAAAGUUAUUAGGGAGUUCAUGUUUUCUAUGAUUGACACUUGAUACAGCCUAUGGGCGCACAAAGAUUGCGUAGCUCACUCGGGGAAUACUCUCCCGCUGAAUGCGUACAAUGCUACUUCGCAAUGUUGGUUUUAGGAAGUGGAGAAAAAAAUGCAGAAUUACAGAGAGCUUUUUGGCUUCAAAUCCAUAUACUGGUGGAAGGUGGAACCAAGUUAUCCAUGGUAUAUUUAGUCUAUGGAGGUAACUAACUUUGCUCUGGCAAGUCUCACGCCUCUGAAAAUCUACUGGUUUUCAAAAUUGGAUUUCCAGAUGUUCUCUCCACCAGUAAUUAGGGUGUUGACAUUUCUUAAGUAUAUAUAGGAUAAGUUACUCAAUGUAUACAUUCUACUUCCUCUACUGAUAAAUGCAGAUGUCAUCAAAGGCCAUGAUGGGUCACGCCUUGGUAAAAAGUGUAAGGAUAGGAGGACUUGUUUGUAAUGAGGAAUGUUUUUGCUGUCUUGGGUCGUAUUUUCCUCAUGGACAAAAGCGAGACAGUCAACAGUGAGAGAUUGCACUUUGUGUUGUAGCACCAAUACGCCCACUCCUCCAUGUAAAUCCAAUGACCUGUCAGUUGAGGACAAGUGCACAAUCCAAAGCAUAUUUUAAGAAUAGGCCUACAAAAAUCCCCUCAUGUCCCACAUGCUGGUGGACUACUUCUCAUCCUCACUUACCCUUUCAUGUUCUGCAGUGCUAAAGCCAUCUGUUCACAUUCAUUGAUCAGACCCCUUUGGAGAAGGAAAAGAGACAGAAUCAAAGACGGAGGAGGAAAAAGAAUCUGGCGUCAGGUUUGCCAGCUCCCCCUCACCCUGCAGAUCAGUUUCUGAGUCAUCGGGCGUCUAAUCCACACAGUGUGCAAACCAAUCUCUCUUCUCUGACCCCACCAUGAAACUUUACACUAGAGACUAGACCCAGGGCGUCUGAAAACCAGCACCGCUUACACAGAUAAGGUUUGUGGUCAAACUCAGCGUUCCUCCCUUUUCCUGUCGGUGUAAACCUUCCUGCGUGAUGUGCUGCUUAAUGUCCUGGUUUAGUCACCAUUUGGAGAAAAACAAUAAAAGACAUUCCAUGAAACUGUGGGAAGCCUUUAAUCUCAGGCUCUUUUCCUGCUGUAAGCACUUAUACGGAUGACUGAUGAGCUGAUCCAUACCCCGGCCCUUUUGUUCUUUUGUUUUCUUCUCUCUACCUCUCAAAGUAAAAAUGUGCAAACAAAUUAUUAAGGCAAUAUAAAGGUAUGUUUCAUUUUUAUUUUUCCUUUAAUUUCAUCUGUAGCCAGGGAUGACAAAAAGAAAAGGUAUAAAUCUGUCCCCGCCUCCGCUUAUUGAAUGUUUGCAGGCCCAGCUUUGGCUGACUAAGCGUGGUUACUCCUUUAUGAAUGAGGAAUCUUCAUCCGACAGAGAGCAAUCAUUUUAUUAUUGUGAGCUGAGGACUGUGUGGUCUCCAUGAGCUGGCUGAAGGCACGCUGGCUUCAUCACAGGUGGUUGAGAUUCAUGAUUUGAAACAUUGACUUGGCUCUGCUCCUCCUUGCAUGGAGGUCCUGUCAAGGAUAACCUCUGUAGCCAUCAAGCUGAAUGCUGGGAAGUUUGCUUUGGUAUGAUGAAUGGAGGAAAAGAUGCUAAUUGUAGAUCUUUAUUUCCACUUUAAAAUUGACUGUGAAGCCUUCCAUCAAGAUUGUUCUGUAGAUGUUCAGAAGCCUUUUAACUUGUUAGAAGGACCAACUUUCAAAGGUCCAAAACCUCAAUCGUCUUAUUAGAGCAAUUUCAUGUUCUAAUGCAACAUUUUUCUUAACAUCACAGCUCCUCCACAACCAGCUGGUAUCUUGUCGAGAAAAAAAAAAACCAUCCACUUGCUAUUGAGAAUGAAAAUCAAACAAAAGAGAUGAAAACAAAGAAAGUGUGUGCAGGGAUGUGUUAUGUGGUUAUUCUCCAGUUUUGUUGUAUAUGAUUCUAAAAUGUAUGAAAUGGUUUUUGAGGCUGGCUCGGAGGCUCAUUUGAAAUGUGAAGGAUGUUAUUGUUGAAAUUAAGAGUUAACAUUAUUAUUUUGGUGGGAUGAGGUGACAUCAUAGAGCAGGAGAAAGUUAGAACAACAAACCUUCAGAUGUGCUACAUAAAAAUGAAAUACAGUGUGAAUAAGAAAAUCAUAAAGGAAAGACAAAUGCUAAAUUAGCUAUACAGUUGAAAAAAAUUAUAUAAAUUGCAAUAUAUUGUAAUGCAAUACUCACUGUAUUGCAAAAUGUUAAAAAUCGCAAUAAUAUCGUAUCGUGGGGCCACAAGUGAUUCCCAUGCCUAGUGAACAUUGUUGCAAAGGAGAUAGCCUUUCAUAAUUACAACAAAAGUUACACUUGUUAGUUUAGGCCUCUAAAGGGUUCUUGUCUCAGCCUCUCCAGUAGAGUUUGGCUUUAGCAGCAAUCACCUGUUUUCCUUGAGGCCACGAGUUUAAGCACAUGGAUGUGACUUUUAUCCUCCACUGAACCACAAGACUUAGACCGCUUUCCAAACAGGACUCAGGUUAAGCGGGUUGGAGUUCCUCUUGUUCAAGGUAUUUGGCAAAGAAAGCUUUUGAGGAAGUUCAACUGAGCAUACUACUUCUGCCAUGGUUUACAUCCUGCUGGGUUCACCUGAGUUUCUGUUUCAAAGAUGUGAACAGAUUUUCCACAAGAGAAUAUAGUUAAGUAUGUGUUGCCUUGUAAAUCUGGGUAGUCACAAUUGUAAAAAAAAAAAAAAAAAAAUUGAACAUAAAAACAAAGAAGACCAUAAUGACACAGAAUAAUAUCAUAAUAAUAAAUCAAAAGAGGAAAUUAAUGUUUUGGGAAAGUCAACUGUUAUCUCUCACUCUGAUGAAAGAUGUAACUUUGUAAAGAGUAUAUGUAUUUAUGUAUAUAUGUCCCGGUGACUGCAGAUUCUCCCUCUAUUCCCUGGGAUGUUGUGUCUUGCAGAAGUUGUGGACUGAAUGAUUUGACAAGAGCAGAUCGACAGUGAAGGAGGUGGUUUUGCUCUUAUUAUUGUAAAGCUUUGCGUUUCACACUAAAGCAUCUUGAAAAGAUGAAUGUUGUCGACUGCUUGCUUCUCUAGUUAUACCAACUUCUGCAACAACCGAUACGAUACGAUAGCAAUACACAGUGGUCUAUGUCUCCACGUGCAAACUUGAAACAAACAGCCACUCUAUAGCCACAAAUAGUGCUCAGAACAGCACAACUUAAUCAACGGUACACAAGGGGUCCCAGACAUAGUACUAGCUAUCAAACAUCUUUUUAGCUUUGCCUGGUUUCUUUAGCAAAGAGACCAAACACAACUCACCUACUCUCCUCCAGCAGCCGCUUGUUUGUGGGGGAGCCCUGAUGAGUCGAUCACUGAGGGCAGCGUUUUAUUCAGGAUUAUUACUUCAUGGAAAUGCAAUCAGACCAAAACACUAAGGCAGAAGAACUACUGCGUCUGCAGUGCACAUGCAAGAUACACAAGAACUCUGAUUGCAUUUCCAUGAAGUAACAAUCAUAAAUUUUCCUCCUUGAGCUGCAAAACGCCGCUGUACUUGGUGAUAGACUCGUCAGGGCUCCCCCACAAACAAGCAGCGGUCAUUACUAAAGAUGGUAUAACUGGAGAAGCAAGCAGUCGGCAACGUUCAUCUCUUGAGGGGGUGUCUAACUCUGUGUUACGGUGUGUUUGACCCUGGCUUAAAUUUACGCCGGAAUAUCCCUUUUAUAGCUGUUGCUCAUAAUGGUGAGUGAGACAAACUACAUUUAGUAACUUCCUGGAAAGUUAUCUACCCCCUCUCUUCUCACGCAGUCUUAUGCCUUUCACGGUUCUUAAACUUCUGUUUUCAGUUAUCACACAGGUGGUAUCCUACUGUGCCAGCUGAAUAAUAGAAAUCCCUUUUAAGUCAGGCACUGCCCAGUUUUUAUUUGACAGCAGACAUUACUCAGCAUUCUUUGAACAGUCUCCUUGGUUUCAGACUUAGCUCUGUGUAACUUUAUCUGAUCGGAGCUGCUACCUAAAAACUGAGCACUGCUGUAAAGUGAGCCUUCAGCUAGCAAAACCCAAUCAAUAUUGGUGUGCUACAACGUACAGUACAUUUACUGGUUUUCAUGUUAGAGCACCUUUUUGUCCCAUGAAGAGAAAAAAACAAUCUGUCAUAUGAGAUGCUGAAUUAAGAUCUUUUAAAGGACAGAAAAGCAAAGAGAAACUUUUUGUUUGGGGCCAAAACAUUUGAAGAAAACAGGAUCCUUCUGCCCAGCAUGCAACAGCUCAAGCACUCAUAAGAUCCUCGUAUGAAACUCGAAAUGUGUGCAGAAGCUUUAAAGCCGUAGAGUGUUGGAGGAUGUGGUUAGGGCUUGAAAUACUGAGAUGAUAAGAUAUCUGCUGACCUUCUUUAUGGAGGACUUAGACAAAGAUCACAGCAGCCACAAGAAGAUGAGCUCUCAUUUUUAGACCUACUUUGAGCCCAGUAGGAGGAAUAUCUGCUUGAGAAUCUGAUCAAACAACACAGAAGGAGAAAUUACUGAAACAUCAUCACAUGAUCCUUUUGAAAUCGAAUGCAGUUGUAGUUUAAUUUUGAUUUAAAAAUGAUCAGUUUUUUAUUCAGCAGUAGGUGUUUUCACGCUUAUCACCCUCCCUCCAUAUACUGACAUUACCAAAUGUAACUCUCUCUGAGUCUUUGUGAGGCUGCUGUUAUUAUUUAUUGAUCUGAUGACCCACUUUACCAGAAGGGUAUCAUUACCAAUUUACAGUAAUGAAGGUGUUCCACUCUGUAGGAGGUCUUAGUUUUCCUCUCUGCCUUGUUGAACUCUUGUGCCCUGACCUACUGCCUCAUGCGUUGUUUCUUCCUGCUCAGAGUUUGGCUCCAAUUGCUUUGUUUUUCUUGUGGUCGAUGUUUUCUGUCAUGAAUCACAGGUUAGAAGAUGAUUGAUUUUGAACAGAGAUUUUACUUGAGUUGAAAUAUGAAGAUAUUUUACCAACCGAUGUUUUUUUAUUUCUUCAACCCCGAAGACUUAAGAGCCCCUUGUAUCAAGACCUACCUCUUACCUUUGCAUGCAGCUGACCCAGCAGAUUAGUCAACAAUGUAAGUCUCUCACUGUGAGUCUCUGUGGGUGACCCUGUUGCAGAACCUCAUGACCCAGAAAUCACGAUGAAGGAACACUGCCACUUUCUUAAGAUGUUUAUUUCCACAGUCAUGCUUUGUGAUCCUGAAAGUGUGUCACCCUUUGACUAAACCACAGCACCCACCUCUGUCAAGCAUUACUCACUUUUGAACUCAAUAUGAAAGCACUGAGCAGAGAACUCCCCAGAGAGGAUGGCUAUGUGUCGCUCCGAUGCUAAAUGGAACGGGUUUACACGUCACACUGCAGCUCAGCUGCCGAUGCAUUCACAGGCAGAAGUGCAGCUGUUAGCCUGCUUCCGCUUUAUCAUGAAGACACGUGUGUGUGUGUGUGUGUGUGUGUGUGUGUGUGUGUGUGUGUGUGUGUGUGUGUGUGUGUGUGUGUGUGUGUUUGCUUCUGCCUGCGAGCAUGUACAUUUGUUGUCAUGUGUUGUGCUCCAUUGGCAGCCAGUGGGACUGGCAGGUGUCAUGCAUGCGUGCCUCCUUGCAGUUAAGUUUUACAGGGGCUUUUGUAAGUGUGAGGUUGCUGUUCCUGCUGUCAGCAGCACGUUGUUACCAUCCCUGACCCCGGCCAACAGAGUCAGUCUCACUAAGCUUGAGAUCUAUUGUUGUAGGACUGUGUGUCUCUGUAGCUAAGCAGCAGUUGGCACGCAGCCAGACUGAGCUCUGUGUCAUGCAGAGGCUGAGAGCUUUGUUAAACACACACACACACCCUGACAUUUCACACGUGUAUUUAGGGAUGCCAGUUUUUAACAAAUUCUUAAAAGUUUCAGAGUUUUUAGGUGAAAACAAACCCAUAGUUAAUACAUUAUUAAAAUCGUGGACAAGGGUUACUUCUUAGCUUAACGGAAGGAAAUUCAGUGAGAGUCUUGCAGGGGUGAAUGACACCUUUUUUAAGUUGUAGGUAACAGCAAAAUUGCAUUAAAAAAUGAGAUAAUUUAGCAACACUGACGCGUUAAACAGGACCCACUGACUCAGACCUGUAUUUCUCUUGGUUUCCAGCGUCUCGAUCCAUAAGUUUUAAUCAAUUCCUGGCAAGUCAGCUAAGAGCUCCCAAGACACUGCUGACUGUGUGCAGUAAACAGAGUAUUUUACAUGCACACUGUUCAGAUCAGUUUUAGGAUGCAGUGACAAUGCUGCAUGUGUGCGAGUAUGUGGGAUUAACCCUUUCUGUCAGGGGAACAGGUGUAGCCCAGGCUUACAGUUUUAUGCAGUUUGAACACACCCUGCCUUCUCCACCCCCACAUUCUGGUAACACACUCACUCAGAUCCUCCAUGUUACAUUUACUGCUUUCAUCUUUUUCAAGUAAACCUCAUCUAGGGCUUGCACGAUUUUGACCAAAAAUAAAAUCCUGUUUUUUUUCUCAGAAAACUAGAUUUUGUUCUUGGUUUUUUUAUUCAGUGACAACUUCACCAAACUUCAAUUUGAAAAUAAAACAUUUUUUCUAUCAUCUCUCAAAACGAAACCUCUGAAAAUGAUGCAGUGAAUAUGCCAAGCCAGUAAGUGGCACUGUAUGCUGCCUAGGAAAUGCACAAAAGACAGAAGAAGAAUAGGGAGCAUGCUUAUAAAGGUUGUUUUGGCCAGACAGGCACAGGCGCCAUAAAAUAGUUACGCUGUGUGUGACAUAAUCGUUUCGAGAUGCUGAUAGGCAUCCACACAGAGAUGAAGUGGUAGUCGUUUACAGAUUUAUGCACUGUCUGACCCAUUUUCAAAAAGUACUAUUUACAGUCACCUGGAACGCUGUUUCUAUGUGGAUGCAACGCUGAUACGACAAAAAAAAAUUGUUUACUCCUGAAUUUAUUUCCGUGUGGACAGGUUGACACCAUCUUCAGACAGACUUUGCAGCAGGGAGUGGUUUGCUCUUCAUCCGAAACUCCAAAGCUGUACCAACUCCAACUUGCUCUUGCCCUGUUUAGCCACAAAAUGAAUGCUUUAUUUUACAAACACCAUGUUUGUUUAGACUGGUGUGUGUUGGAACUGGGGAGCUCCCACUUCAAGCCUACGGUGGCCUGGGGGCGGGAAUUUUUUAAACAUCGUCUUUAUCAAAUAAUCCGAUUACGAUUUAAAAUUGAUUAAUCGUGCAGCCCUAACAUCAUCCUGAUCUUACUUCACUCUCACAGGACUCCACUAAGUAUGUAGGCAGGAGAUGUGCUAGGCAGACUGUACAGAGGGAUCGACACUAAGAAGUGCAAGCAACACAUUAUACUUGAAUGAGACGACAGAGUUUUAUUGCCCGCUGUGCAUUGUAUUUGGCAUAAACUGUUUAGUGCAUACAGCAGUUGUAGUAAUUUUAACAUUCUUGAAAAGUUCAUUUAUUCUGUGGUAGAAAGUUGAGAAUAUUGAUGUCUAUGGUCCAACAGUACUUUAAGGUUUGGUUCCAGUGGUUAGAAACUUGAAUCAAAUACCACUGACUCAGACAAAAGCGAUGCCAAAAUGUUCCCUCUGUCCAUCACAGAAACCUGGCUCCGCUGAUGUCAUUUUGAGCACGAGUCUGUGCAACAUCGAUCUAAUGACAUUUGUUUCAGAGUUCACUUAGGGUUCUUUUUCCUCCACCAGUCCUCCCCUGCGUCGCUUCUCCAAUGCACACAUCACCAUAGGAGCUCUAUUCAUUAUCAGAGCCUUCAAUUAUGGUCUUAUUCCCCCCAUUGAGGAGCUUAUCAACACUUGGCAGUACUUUUACAGAGUUGUCAUAUUGUCCUUUUUUUUUAAAAUUUAUUUAUAAAGCCUAUAACCAGGGACGCUUCAUUCAUUAAAUUUCAUCUUUAAAAUCUAUCUUUAAAAUUCAUGGAGAAACAGCAGAUGGUGUGAAAUGACAAUGACAACACAAAUCAUAGAGUGAGUUGAAAUGCAGGGUAUACUGUUCAUUUUUUAGACUUUGCAAACAUUGCCUCCAUCUAUACUGAAUAAAGCUUCUGUCUGAUGUUACGCCUGAAGUAUUUACUUGGAAGGCCUCUGUGUGAACUUCUCCCACUCAGUCUGAUGGGACUGUAUCUUCAUCUGAUCCUCCGAACUCAGUGAGAGCAUCCAGGAACAAAGCCCUAUUCCCACUCAUCAUCAAAACACUUUACUUCCUAUGCUUUAUUCAUGAGUGGUUUUAAGUUCUCUUAGCAGAAAGGCACUCUGGGAAUUGUAGGAGAAACAUAUUCACCCUCAUUUCAGUGAAGUCUUACUGGAAAUACAGUGAAGUUAUUGCAUAUGUUGCACACUUGUAUGAUAGAUGCAAUAGCAUAUUCAUAUAAGGUUGUUUGUCAUCAAGUGGGUGGGGGUAGAGAGGCCCUGAGUGGGACCAAAACCCCAAAUGUUGAGAUUCACACGGGAUCUUCUUGAGCAUGACAGGAAGUCUGUCCUUUCCUUUUUCUCAUGCUUUCUUUUCUCAUCCAUCCAUGCUCUCUUUCCUCUGCACAGUGGUUUUCUUGAACAAAGACUCAUUCUCUGAGGUCAGUUUUUACAGACACCCACCUCACUCUCUAAAAAGAACAAGUCACAUUCACUCCCAACAUAGCUCGCUUAUGUCCCUGAUGUUCUGAUGAAAGCCUUUUUUGGGAACUUCUCUGGGAGGUUGAAGUGUGUGUGUGGGUGAUUUUUCAUUUAUACCUGCUGAGCAAUUCAGAGUACUUGUGUUUGGGUAGUUUUAUUUUCGUACUGUAAUACUAUGACUAUUAGAAAUGCCAAAAGGUGUCAUGCUACAAUCAACCAAUGAUAUUAAAAUCAAAAGGACGUAGCAAUAUUGUCGAUACCACAGAGUGACAACAAUAGGUCUUCAAGGGAAAAAAGACAAGUUUCUUCUCGUCUCAGCCUUAGUGGAUCAGAGUGAGGGGAAGUGGAAUCUACAGUACAGAGACUGUUGUCCCGUGUGCUUUAAAUGUCUGAAUUCUUUAAGUUUGGUAGAAACUCUCAUAUUAAUGUCAAUCCUCUCUUUUUCUCUCUGCAGGACAAGCAGUGCUGCUGUGAGCGACAGACUCAUGAAGCAUGAGAGGGUGGAGCUGAGACUCAGCUGACCCUUUCCCUUCCUUCUCCUCCUCUCCCCCUGUGCUCCACUCAAUCAGCACCUCUCCCCUCCUCUCCCCUCCUUUUCCCCUCCUGUCUCCCUCUACCGUGUUGGGAUCUCACCCAUCUUGCCUCACCUCCCCUUGUAAGCUUGAAUCAGCCCUGCCCAAUGUACUCCCCAGAGCAGGAAAACAUCUCCACCACCGCCUCAACCAAAGUGCCAGUGAAGUAUGGAGAGCUCAUUGUGCUGGGGUAAGCAUCAAGUGAAUGAACAGAAAUGUUUAGAAAAAAAUGGUCAAGAAGAGCCUCAAUCUCACUGAACUAUUGACUAUCUUGAAUGAAUUUGCUAUGAUUGGUUGUUCUGGUCAAUGUUCAGUCUGACAAAGGUUGAAUCAUGGCGAUAAUUAUAGUUGUUUGCUGUUCUCGCUCUGACUGUUCAGUGUUUCCAACUCACCUUUUGUAAGAGGGCUCAGUUGAAAUCACUUUUGUUACCUUUGCUUAAAGACCUGAAUAUCUGACCCACUCAUGUGUAUUCACUCCUCUGAUUUUUAUUGCCAUGUACUCCAAAGAGUGUUUUGCAGAUUUACCUUCCAUAUAUAUUUGAAAGAUGUUCAAUUUGGCAGCUGUUUGUUUGUUUAACAAUCUCCAAAUGGUUGCAGCUACUGAUAAAAUGGAAAUACAAAUGGUACAAUCUCAGACUCAAGGGUACACAUGAUGCAUUUUAUAAAGAGGAAUUAGUAGGAAAAAAAUCUGCAUUUCAUGUGGAAAUCCAGUGUUAGAAAAUACAGCAUAAUAUCCCCUAAUAUCCCCCAGUUUCUAACAUUUAAAGAACCAAAAGAGCUGGCUGAUUCACUCACAGAGUGAGGCCCACAGCACAUGAGCCAGGAUGCAUUUGGCGUAGGCAGCCUUUGCUUUGCUGAAAUACACAAACUCAGCCGUACUGUACUCUAUGGCUAAGAUAAAUAUAACUGUGGGCAAAAACAGAAAUUGUCCUUAGCCGUGAAAACAUCUGAACUAACAUUUUAAGACGCCUUCUUCUGUUGGAGAGGUAGUUUUGUUUGCAGUUUGCAGUGAUCAUCCACACAGUGCUGGAAUAAUGAAGUCAGAUUUUGCAGCUUCAGCAAGUUGUACCAUUGGCAAAGAGAGCAUCUUUAAUGAGCUGGCUUUUUUUACCCAUAUUGAACUUGGCUAGGCAAUUAUUAGGGUGCAAAUCAGCAAAACUUCAUUCAAAUUGUAAACAAAGUUCAUGUUUGUAUCGAACAGAUCUCUAGAGAGCUUUAAUGACAGAUUAUAAAGUCAUUUUUAAUACUUGAUUUAACUCAGCAGUAGUCAUCAGACAAUCUUGUGAACACCUCUGUUUCCAUCUCCCCUUUCAGUGUUUUUUGACUCAUUUCCACACACUCAGCUGUAGGAAAAACCCUCCACCCCUCCCUGUAUCAUAAGCAUAGAGGACGAAGAACUGCAUACACACACACAAAUCAAGCACAUGUUCUCCAGUAACAACUGACACUGAAGUACUUCCUUUAUCCGUCUGUCUCCUGUUUAUUCCCCAAGGGGCUGUUCCAGUCCACUCCCUGUCCCAGCCCACUCCACAGAGGAAUGCAGAUGUCAGAAAGACUCCUUACAUGCGCACACAAAUGCACAUGCUUUUUCAUGCGUGUACAUUGAAUUCACUUUCUCUCUCUCACACACACACACACAUACACAUUUUGCAUGUCUCACUCAGACACACACAGUUGGUUUCACAGCUGACUCAUAGUUUGUUGUUCUGGGUCGUGCCUAAGCGGUAUUGUCUGGGAGAUGACCGUGGAAAUUUUCCUCGGUGGAAAAAUGCAAUGAACAGUAAACGCAGUUCCAUGCCUUUACAAGGGAGAACCCCAGUUUUCCGUUUUGCUCUUCUUUUUCCACUCCAUUUUUUAUUGUAGGUCAGGCUUUUUUAUUCUGGGUCAGGCCCGCCUUUUUUUUUGAGAGGUCAACAGGGGCACUUAUCCCUUGAAGGCAUGAGUAAUCACAAUCUUUGCCACAGGCAAGACUGCUCUAAGGAACUUCUGUGUUUGGCUUCUAUCCCUGACAUCAAAACCAUGCUUCAUUGUCAGACCUACAGUACUGAUGUGAAUCCUCAAGGGCCUGUGCCAUCCUGGACAGCAAGCUCGCUCUCAAUAACCUGUGAUUUACACGUUGUAAAAGCCACAGGUCAUAGCAACACAGGCUGCACUUUUCUUCCUAUAAAACACAAAGGAAGGCUUUGGUUGAGCCACUUCAAAUACUGGUUUGGAGCAAGGUCUCCAAGGGUUUGGAUGGACAUAUUUUUUGUAGGAAACCUGUCAAAUCCUUUUAAGAUUUAACUAAGGGCUUUAUGAAAACAAUUUCCAACUUCCCCCCUUACUAUUCCCCUCAAUCCAUUCUUUAAGUGAAGUCAAUAAAUUUGAAAAAAAAAUUUGGGGAGGUAAUAUUGUAAACGUUCAUGCCUUUGCUAGCAUAUGCUGAUAGGAUUGUGUCCCUUACAUAUUUGCAGCUGUCUGCCCAUUAGGGGUGGGAGAGAAAAUCGAUACAGCACAUUAUCGCAACAUUUUGUCUGGUGAUUUAUCAUAUCAUCUCAUUGACCAAGUAUUAAUUUUUUUUUUUUAAUUAAUUGCUGAUAUGAAGUUUAUGAUAAUGGAAAAAUAAAAUCAACUGUUUAUCCAGUGAGGUUGGCAGAGGUGACAUCAUAGAACAGGAGAAAGUUAGUACAACAAAUAUAGCGCCACCUGGAGAAAGACAUUAGGAUUGCAAGCAGGGCACAAAUGAGAUGGACCUGACACACAAGGUUUGCAAGAUGUAACAUGAAAAUAAAAUACUGUGUAAAUAAGAUAAACAUAAAGGAAAGACAAAUGCUAAAUUAGCUAAACAGUUGAAAAAUGUAUAAAUCCUAAUGUAUUGUAUCGCAAUACUCACUGUAUUGCAAGAUGUUAGAAAUCACAAUAAUAUAGUAUCGUGAUAAUAUCGUAUCGUGGGGCCACAGGUGAUUCCCACUCCUACUGCCCAUCACCAAAAAUAGGGUGAAACAGUGGUAGGGAUGUAUAGAAUAAAUAAAACAGAGACCUACUAAUACAAAUAUUGCUCAAUGGCACUACUAGUUACAUAAAUAUCCAUGAGGUAGUUGUAAGUAUCGUGUUGAGACUCCAGACCAAACUCCACAGACUGCACAGAAAGUAGGUUUCAAAAAGUGCUGCACUUGCUCACACCCUGAAUGAAUUCGACAAAACCUAACUGAACAAAUGAUUUAGAGUUAGAGCCGAAACAAGAACAUACAUGAUCUGCAUUCUGACUUUUUACCCUGAAUCAAAAACGAAAACAUCCCAGCAGUUGUUUUCUGUACAUAUCAGGUCAAAUUUAGUGAUGUCCUCCUGUCCAGACAUCGCAGUUGGAAGCUCACUAUUUAGCUCAAACUGGUGCAGUUUGUCUUAUUAAGUGAGAUCAAUGUAUGUUGUACAUGGUCCCAGUAAUGCAGUAAAAUCUUUGUAAGCCAACUAGAAACGUUUCCAUGGUUCUACCAUGCUCAGUUCAGGUAAACCCUCUGGGCCUGUUUUUCAGUGGGCUGAAUAGAAAUGAACAAGAUCAAAUUGAACAAGCCAAACCAAACCUUGACAGAGGAAAGCCUGCAGAGAACACUCUUGUAUCUGACCCCCUGGCAACCCCACAUCACCAUGUUUGCAGCCCAUGCUAAUGGCCUAAUCCAGAGGAAUGCUAUCAUGUCUCUGGGGACGCUCAGGCGUUCUAGACAUCCAUGUGGCAUUUGAAACAAGUGUGCCAUUCUGUAUUGACACAGCAAAGAGGUGUUCACAUGAAUCUUUAUGCAGAUGCGUUCUUCACAAGUGUUGGCUCAUUCUUUUACCAGUCUCAGAUGCUUUUUUAGCUGUGUUGCAUUGACAGAAUUUUUUUUAUUUCUCAAGUAUUGCCUCAUGGAGAUGGAGCUCACUGAAAGAGUUUGUCUCGCACAGCUCCAUCAUGUCUUUUCAGUUUGGCUCUGGACUUCAAGAUCUAUUUUCUCACUGUUGCCAUCUGCAUAGUAACUCCAACUGUGUUUGUUCAGAAUUUUUUUUUUUUUACACACUGGCAGCCUGUGCCUGUUCUUAAACAACCUUGUAAUGUUAACACAUGUAAACAGAGACACUGAGUGACUCAGCCAUAGGCAGUAAUUAUCAAUACAACCCGUCUUUAUGUCUUUAUAGCUGCAUGUGUGGUAGCUUGUUGCUGCACACUGAGCUUUCCUUUACUCGUGUUUUCAGGGGAAAAAAAACACUCAUGCAUGUUGCUAAUUUUGGGAAUGAAGAAUACAGUGUGUAACUUUUUCCUGACUCUGCGCCUUCCUGCCUCACUGUUUGAACAACUUGUUGUAUAUAUAAACACAUAUUAACAGAUGCUAACUUGUUGCUAACCUUAGGCCUUUUACUGUUUAGAGAAUACUUGUAAACUCACACUUUUCUGCGACUCAUGGGAGCUUUGAUUUGAGCUGCCUGCUGCAACAUUUUGAGCUCUCUCCAGGAGACUGCCCUGCCCUCUCUCUGGAUACGGGCUAAACUUCACCAUGGUUACUCUCUCUUGCCAUGGUUACUCUUCCCAAAACGUUGCUGUGACUCUGUUCCCUCACCAUGGUUACGCAUAAACCCUCGCAGCGUCGUUUGAUCCCAGCAGAUCUGCUCUUUCAGAGAAACAUUUAGCUGCAGGCCGGGCAUGCUUACAACCUGUCUGUGCUGUCAUUACUGGACUUCAUGUUUACUACUUUAAAGAGAACUUUUCAGACAUUACACAUGCGUCUGCAGUCUAGGUUGAAAACAAUGAGCCUUUCUUUCUGUUUCCCUUUUUUCCCACUUUAGUGUAAAUCUUUUAAAAACUUCAGAAACCUUAAACAACGGUGUUAAAAAGGUUGAAGUAUGUAAAUGCUCUUCAAGGAAAGGCAAUAAAAUUGUGAUUAUUUCAGUUGAUCGUUAAUUUGUGAGUUGUUUGCUGAUGUUCCUUGAAUUUAAGUGCUUUGGUACAUGUUUGUUCAUAUGUAGACACUUCUACCUUAAAGGAAACUGGCUUUUAAAAAAUAGCUAAUAAGUAAUGGUGAAUGUCUGAUGAACUUUGAGCAAUUAGCCAAACAUGAAUAGAAACUGAAUCUGAUGAUGUGAGCUGAGGUUUUCUGAGAUCACAUCCACAGCAGUCCAGUAUAGUUGCAGCAGUGUAUUAGCACAGCCAGACAAGUCCACUUUUCAUGUACCUCCUGGAUGUUCUAAGAAUGUCCAAGUAGUGAGCUGUGUUUGUUUAUGCAUGUGGUGUUUGUCAAGUUGUGGUGCUGUUAGCAGGACUAUCACUCCACACUGGGAUUGGCUUGUAAUAUCUAAAACAUGUGGGCACAUGUGUUUGUUUCUGGAACCCAAAUACGCCCUUUCUUCUUUAUGCGCUAUUUCUGAAUCUUCUGCUGAAAUAGUGCAUGACCAGAAAUAUUACAUGACCUAUCAACUGAUGUAGCUUCUGUUUCAAUCUUGAUUUUUAAAAAUGGUGCUUAUGUCUGAGCCUCACUUUGGAAGUACUUGAAGAACUCAGUUUUGUAUGGGUCAGUUUACAUGAAACAGAUGAACAUACUGUUCAUGAAGUGAGAGUUGGUUCAGUAGGCUUACUUCAUAUAAGGAAAAACACAUACUAGAGACACACAGUGAGAAACCUACUGAGUGUCAGUGUUGUUGGGAGUCACAGAGACUCCAUUCUGUUGGAGGAAACGCCUCUGUUUAUUCUCCUCUCCUGGGCCAUGCAUCGGCCCAAAUGAGACUCUUUGUGUGUUUAUAUUCUCAGCCUUUCUGAGGUUAUGUUAGGAGGAGGGCUUUGUCGUUUAUGGGGGAUGAUGUGCUUUUGUGCAAAAGCAUGUAUGAAAAGUAUAGGCUAUGUGAGUGUGUUUGCUUGUAUGUAGUCCUGAAGCACGCAAGGAGUGAACCAAAUGCCUCAAUCAUGUUCCACAAUGACUGUUUUCCAGUGUGUAACACUUCUGCUCAGACAAUAACGCCCCAUUGUUUUCUUUAUGUAUGUGUUUGUUUGUUUGGGUGGGUGGGUGUGUUUGUGUGUCUUUAUGUUCUUGUGUGCCUGUGUAUGUGUGUGAAUGUGCAGGUACAAUGGCUCUCUGCCCAACGGGGACCGCGGCCGACGCAAGAGCCGAUUUGCACUUUGUAAGAGACCGAAGGCAAAUGGGGUGAAACCUAGCACAGUCCACGUCGCCUGCUCUCCACAGGCAGCCAAGGUGGAACAUACUCACACAGUCACACACACACACACACACACACACACACACACACACACACACACACACACACACACACACACACACACACACACACACACACACACACACACACACACACAUGCACACUCAGAAAUGAACUCACAAUAGUGUAUCAUUUAGUCAUCCAGAGAACGCAACCUUUCACUUGGAAACCUCUCACAUCAGCAGUUUCAGUCCUUUAAAUAUAACACUCACCUGCUGAAUUAUGUUUAGUGAAACUCUUGGUUUGAGUGUUCAAGCAGAGUAUCGCUCACAUAAAGAAAGAUAUACAAAAUGUAAAUCUCUCUGUUUCCUCCCUCCCCCUUUAAAAGAGGAUGUCUUUGUAAGGAUGUGAUUGAAUUUGUCUGACAGCAUCAAAUAAAACACACCCAGCUGAGUGGAUUUGACCCGCACAGCUUUUGUGAAAAUCUUGUUUGCUUUUUGUUCUGUAAUAUGAAAGUAACACAUACGCACACUCACUCACACACAACACGCCCAAUCAACUAGACAGGGAAAAAAAAGAGAGUUCAGCUAAGCUUUCCUGAGUUAGCAGGAAGAAGAUACAAGCCUCUCACACUAUUUGAGCAGUGGUUUUUUUAUACAGCUUUUAACUGGAACACACUGCAGGUUUAUAUGGGAAACAAAUGUGAACGCUCCAGUGGAAGGUAACUGAGCGUUUCCUAUCAAAGUCCCUAAAAGCACAUGUGCGUGUGUUUCCAUCAUCAGUCAUAAAGCUUCCCAGGAAUCCUGCUAAAUCUGUUCAAUGAACAGUGUGGAUGUAAGGCGUGUAUGAGAAAAGACCUUUACUUCUUUUCUUUUUUUUUGGUUAACAUCUGCACUUCAUGAAUUGGCCUCAAACACACAUUUGUACUAUGACUUCCUCACACAGACCAGGUCUUUAGCUGCUCUAAUUUAAAGAGUCUGGAGAAGCGUUUGUCCUUUGGGUGGUCUUGACUGACCAACAAGAUGUUGAGACUGUGCUGAGUCCAACAUGGACUACAUAAGCAAACUCCUCACUCACUCACCCCACCCUUCCCUUGCGUAACUAUUGUUCUCUGGUAGUAUCACUGAGCACAUGGUGUUUCUUCUUCCAUGAAGUAAGAUCCCUUUCAAAUCCUGACAUACAUUUAAAGUGAGACGUUUGUUCCUUCUGGACUUGAAUCUAUUCUAUUCUUCUCUCUUUCUCCUCAGGCCAUUAGCAACAAAGACCAGCACAGCAUCUCUUACACUCUGUCUCGAGUGCAGACGGUGGUGGUGGAGUACACCCAUGACAGCACUACAGACAUGUUCCAGGUACAGAGCCCAGCUUUUACCACCAGGACUGGAGUUUUACAACAUAGUCACAGCCCCCCCCCCCCCCCCACCUCACUGCUUCACCCACCCAUAUGGUUGAAACAGGGUUGACUCAUAGACCUGCAUGUGUGAGAGCAGAGGUUUAAGUUGAAGGAGGGAUAAAAAGGCAGUUUAUUUUUUGAUUGGUAUUUUCUUUGACUCUUUUGCUCUCUAGUCAAGUGUGUGUCAUCAAAAUCUUUUUAUAUUUACACUACAGGCCAAAAGUUUGGAAGCAUGACCAUUACAGGCUGAACAGUUGGGAGUAACUUCAAGUUUUUGUUCACAAUGCUUUUUUUUUAAAAUCCAGCAUGAGUUUUAUGUAUUUUGGGAUUUAUUUACUCCAUCAUCAGAUGUUGCUUUCAUGGAAAUGCACCAUUUUACUCCAUUUACCUUUAGAAAUACAUUGAUGUUAACAGACCAUUGCUAAAUAUAUGUCAGCAAAAGAAAAUAAGGGCUUAGUUUUAGGGUUGAAAACAUUUGCAAGAGUCACAACUUCAGUGCAAAAGCAAAAAAACAAAUCACAGUUGGAUUAUUUACUUCAACUUUUUGGCUUUUGGGAGUCUGCAUCAAAAAUCCUAAUAAAUCUCAACUGCAUUCAAACUGCUGCAGAAAUGGCUAGAAAGAAGCAACUGAGUAAAGAAACAAAAGUACAGAUUUGUACAUUAAGGAAAGAAGGUUACACAGAAAGAGAAAUUGCAAAACGCCUAAAGGUGUUUAACACAGGAGUCCACUACACUCUGAAGAGACUAGAGGAACCUGGAAGUCAUGAUAGAAAAAGACCUGGACGAAAAGAGAGUUACUACAAAAGCAGAGGAUGAACACAUCAUUGUCACCAGUAAGAGAGAUCGGCAAAAGACAGCACCACAAAUAAGGGAGGAAAUCAACAUGACAAGGUCGAAACCCAUAUCUCUGACAACCGUAAAAUGACGUUUGAGAAAGGCUGGUCUGAAGGGUUGUGUAUCUGCAAAAAAACACUACUUUGUCCACAAAACAAGAAAAGGAGAUAUGAGUGGGCAAAAAUUGUCAGGGUUACCCAGACAAAAAAGAAGAGGAAGGUGUUCUUCAAAAGAUGGUUUGGCCCCCUCAGUCUCCAGACCUUUCUCCAAUAGAGCUUGUGCGGGAUGAAUUGGAUUGAUCGGUCAGAAAAACGCGUCCCACGAAUCAGCAGUAUCUUUUUAAUGAACUUAAGAAAGCUUGGAAUGCAAUCCCUGGAACAUACCUUAAAAAACUUGUGGAACGAAUGCCUGGUAUAUGCCAAGCUGUUGUUAAAGCCAGAGGAGGUUACUUGAAAGAAAGCAAAGUCUAAGCAACAAUAACUCAAAUACCUAAUAAUUAUAGUCUUAAAUGUCUUUUGAUAGGUUACUCUUUACACAAUAGUCAUUUUUAUUGAGUUGCAAAUUAUAUAUAUGAAACUAUGAUCUUUUUUUGUACAAAUCUGAUCUUGCUUCCAAACUUUUGGCCUGUAAUGUAUAUUUCUGAUUGUUUGAAAGAAGUUACUUUUCUUAACACAUUUUUUUGCACCUGUUUUGACUUCCUUUCUGUUUCUUUUUUCACCUGCUUCUUUGUUUGUUACAUAUCUGAAAUAUGUUUAGAGAAGGGUGCAUUUGAUUUGGAACAUUAAGGUUUAUGUGGAAAUUCAUUCCCCCAGAAAACAUCACGUACAGGUAACUGUGGUGGUAUCUAGCAAUGUGAUUAAGUUACUUAAAGGGAUAUUGCGGCGUAAAUUUAAGUUAGGGUCAAACACACCGUAACACUGAGUUAGACACCCCCUUGAGAGAUUUUUUUGCCUACCGCUUGCUUCUCUAUUUAUACCAACAUUAGUAAUGAUCGCACGAUAGCAAUACACAGCGGUCUAUGUCUCCACACGCACUCCUCAACCUAAAAGCCACUCUAUAGCCACAAAUAAUGCUCAGAACAGCACCUAACUUCAUCAACAGUACAUACAGGGUCCCAGCCAUAGUGCUAGCCACCAAACAUCUUUUUAGCUUUGCCUGGUCUCUUUAGCAAAGAGACCAAACACAACUCACCUACUCUCCUCCAGCAGCUGCUUGUUUGUAGGGGAGCCCUGAUGAGUCGAUUAAGUGUUCACAGUCAAGGGUCAACACCCUAACCAGUCUUGAAUCACAAAGUUUGUUCAAACUGCAUUUUCUCAGGGUUUAGUCCAAGUCUUCUUGUCUGUGGUUUGAUCAUAGUACUAAUACCCAAGGAGCCUGUCCUGGUCUGUGAUUAUGAUACAGCAGAGGUGCAGUUAGCAGUCAGGGGCAGCAAAGUACCAUCAUCAUGCUGCAAUAUGUCCUCAAGGUUAUUACAGGGUUCUUCAUGUCAUCUAGCUAAAAACUUUUCUCCAAAGUCAUCUCUUUACAUGUAUCACAGUACACAAAACCUGUUUUAAUCAUUUUUUUCUUAAGUUCCAUGUCCUUUUGUUCUUCAGUCCCUCUGAUCUUGAUGUCUUGUCUAAAACUUGCUUAAAUACAUUUCUACUUCUCUUUACCAGAUUGGUCGAUCAACAGAAAGUCCCAUAGACUUUGUCGUGACAGACACUGUGGCGGGCAGCCAGAGCAACACAGACACUCAGUCAGUCCAGAGCACCAUCUCCCGCUUUGCCUGCCGCAUCAAGUGCCAGCGUACACCGCCUUACACAGCACGCAUCUAUGCAGCAGGUUUCGACUCCUCCAAAAACAUCUUCCUAGGGGUGAGUUGUUUUUCAUCCUGUGCUGGAUGUACAAAGACAUAAGAUUGGAUGAUAAAAUUCUGAGAAUCACGUGGUGACAUUUGAGCAGGAGAACACCUCAUUUUAACUUACAAUCAGUCAAACUAUUCUUUAAUUUUCCCCGCUCUUAUCACACCUGAGCAUGUCUUUUUAUUGUCUCAGGAGAAAGCUGCUAAAUGGAAAACACCUGAUGGUCAAAUGGACGGGCUGACCACUAAUGGUGUGCUGGUAAUGCAUCCUCGAAACGGCUUCACCCAAGACUCAAAACCAGGGGUCUGGAGGGAGAUCUCAGUGUGCGGCAAUGUCUUCACUCUGCGGGAGACCCGCUCAGCACAGCAACGUGGAAAGAUGGUGAGAAAAGAGUCAUAUCACAUAGCAGCACAGUCCCUCAGCUGUCUGUGCUCUCAAACUGAAAACAGAGAUGUAACAACUGGAAGGCCUCCAGGUGUACAGUCAGGAUCUGUUCAGAGUAUUUUUGGGUUCACUUUGCUGCUUUGGAAAAGGACUGUGCUUGUGGGAGUUUUAGAGGUUAAAGCUGUUGAACCUUUUGAAGCGGAGUUUUACAGAACUUUUGGAUUGUGUUGAUUUGGGUGCCUCUUGUGGACAAAGCACCUGUAAUCUCUUUGCAGAUAUCGUCGGGUGUGUAGUGAGUCUUUAAUUAAUACUAGAUCUCAAUCUGAUAAAUGAAUGCUCGAACGUAUUGCUCAGUGAAAAUACUUUUACAUUGAGAAUAUGAAAUUAAAGACAGCAUUCAAUCUUUUACACAUUUAAAAGGAUAUAGUGAAAUGAUCAAUCUUGAUGUUUAUAGUUGCAUUUGCUUUUGUAGAUCAUAAAGAGUCAUCAAUAAUAAUUUAAUUCUGUCACAACUAAGUAUCCAUUCGAAUCCAACCGGUUUUAUUUAUAUAGCACAUUUUAAAAAACGUAUAAAUUUACCAAAGUGCUGCACAGUAAAAUUAAAAGAACAGACACUGCAGAAGUAAAAAAAAAAACAUCAAGAGGAAAAUAAAUAAAAGCAGGUAAAAACAUUUAAAAUGAAAUAAAAUAAAUGAAAUAAAAACACAAAAACACAAAAGAAAUAGAAGUUCUAACCAUAAAAGACAUAAAAGGACAGAGAUCACAUAACUAUCAUGCUGAACUAAAAGCCAAGGAAUGAAAUAAGUUUUCAGACAUAAUAUAAAAGUAAAAAGAGUGGGGAAUGUUUUAAUCUGAAGUGCCAAUUCGUUCCACAGCCAAGAAAGCACGGUCGCCACAGGUUUUUAAACGAGUUUUAGGGACGAGUUGGAGCUGAUCAGCAGACCUCUAGGAGUUGGUUCAAACGGCAUUUUCUCAGGGUUUAGUCAAAGUCUUUGGCACUCCUAAAACUUCUAGGAGUGCCACAUCAACAUCUAUCAAAAUGGUCCUAGCAGUGACCUGUCUGCUGCCCUCAAGUGGCCAAAAACUAGUUGUUCUGUCAGAAUAUUUUUUUUUUUACUAAUACUACAAACCUGUUAGUAAACAGCUCAUUAUUUAUAUGCAUCAGUUUUACAACAUCACUUCACAUUCUGUCCAUGGGCUUUACCAGCCUAAUGUGAGGAUGUGCAGCUGCCUACUGUUCGACUGUGUUUAAAACUGUUUCUCAUUGUUUGCUGCAGUAUACGUAAGGGUUUUAAGAGCCUUUUUCUUUCCACAAAAGCUGAAAGAGAACCAUUUGAGUGGUAUAAAACAGUCAAACUGUAGGCUCAAAAAAGAAAACUACACUCCAGAUAUCUAUUUUCUCACCCCGACACACACUUCUCACCCUCUCUACCAAGUUGUCACUUAGGCAGUCAGGAGGGGGGGUGCAGUCAGAGCUGAACAUAAACCAGGAGGUUAUACGGGAACCGUCUCCAUGGCAACAGUUCUGGCUGUUGGAACAGUGUGUAACAGGACCGUGUAAGGGGAUCCUUAAAAUGACAUCAGAGCCUUUCAGCCAAUCCUGACUUUUCCCCAUCUCAUCGGAGUGGCGACAUGUGGCAUUUGUCUGAGUGGAUUCGUGUUUUUUGUCCUCAUCUUUCCUCUCCUCACCAUCUUACCUCCCCCACUGUUCAAAUCUUGAAACACCAGCACACAGCCAGCGUGUCCUCAGAAACGUUAAGCUGUGUCUUUAUCUGCUGUCCCACCUGUUUUCAAGCCUCUCCAGCGCAGCAUUAAUUAACGGCUCUCUUAUCUCCACCUGCCCUUUACCAUCUCCAGAGUUAACGCAGAGUGAAUUAAACACCUCUUCUGACACCGCUCAUUAUUUCUCUGCUGAUUGACAGUCUAGAUAGUGGGCUAUAGGAAAGCAUCUAUUUUCAUUACGAACAAUGACAGAGCAUGAUGGGUUGUUAUUGUGCGAGUUAAUACACAAUCACGUCAGGACCACUUAGUUAUUUGUAAUUUUGAGUGACAUUUAGGCCGUCACAAAGAGGAUUUGUGAAAUGUAUAUAGAGAUAAUUAUGCUCAUACAAGUAGACAAAGCUGAGGAGAAAGCCUACAAUUUCACCAGAAAUCACUGAGAAGUAUAAGUUGCAAACUGAAAAUGGUAUUAAAGUCAUAUACUAUAUAGUCAGUUGUCAUCAUAUUUUCAAUCCCACUGCUUUGCUGUAGUCGGUGUUUCAGGUACUUAAAUUGCCUCUCCAUCACUAAGCCUGACAUUUGCCUGCCACACAACAAAAAAGCAGAGAUGUUGAUUAAUAUCUGGCACUAACGUUCUGACUUAAGUGACUUGUUUUUACCCCUGAGCUUGUUGAAAAAGUGACCAAACAAACAAACACAGUGAAAAGUGGACUCCUCCUUACUUCAGUGAGGCAGUGAGGUAACUGAUAAGCUGCUCAGCUGUAGCUUAUUUUAGAGGAUAGAAACUCAGCUAAUGGUGUUUUUACUAGUGAUUCAAAAGUGGCUUUGCAAGUGUGUCAGCUGUCUCCUCAACAAACAGAAAAAGUGUGAGGCCCCUAUCUCCUUAUAAACAGUUAUCUUCCUCCAAUUAUUCACUCCUUCUUUGAUGAAGAUGUAUAUAAGAUUCAUGUUAUUGUUCAUGAUUUUCAGUAUCAGUUAAUAAUCCAACUACAUUUUUGAAGCCAAAAGGGAUAAAUGAAGGUGAUUCCAGUAGAGCUUGUGUGAUUGUCAUAAAAAAAAGCUUUGUAAUCUAGAGUAAUGCACCCUGCCUUCACUGCUUUUGCAAGCACAGCUCUCUAAAUUGGAUAAGUGCCCUGCAUUCAUGAAGGUUAACAACUGAAGGACUUUCUGAUUGAGUAGGGAGGAAAAAAGUCCGCUCAGCAAGUUUGCUGAGGGGGCCAAACAGCGUUUACCUGUGUUAAUAUGUAUCUAGGGUGUGAUGUUGAAUACAUAUAGCUUUCUAAAAUCUCCUGUUUGUGGUCUCACUCACCCACUAAGAAGUCCUGGGUAUAUACAGGAGGAUUUUCUGAUAGCUCUGAAGCAUUAAAGAGACGGUAAUGUUCGGUGUUCUUUGGAUUAUGCAUCAAACACAGCUUGGUCCCUGUCUUUGGAGAGGGUCACUCAGCCUUGCCAGCAGGGCAGCUGGUUGCCCUUCUGCGGUUUGACACAAGGUUGAAUCCAGCAUGAUUAGAAAUAUCCUAGUGUAGUUCACACUUUGAGGUCUGUUCUGUUGUGAAGCACUACAAAUGAGAGGAAUGUAGUUUCUGAGCUCCUACUGUGUUUGAUAAGUCCUUUUUGUGUAGAUAAAUGAUUCAGUUUUGUGUAAUUAAAUUAUAACUGCAUAGAGACUGCGAGCUUGAGGAUGUUUACAUGGAUUUAAUUUACCAAAAGCGCCUGGGUCAUUCAAACUGAGUGUGGCAAUUUAUUGAUUAGACAAACACUGUUUCAUAAUUUCAUUCCUUUCUGCUAUUGAUUGAAGGAGCAGCCUCGUGUCUCUGCAGUUGCUGCAGGGAAAAUCUAAUCUGGAGUGAAAAACAAAAACAACUAGAGUAACACAUUGAAUUCUUUCCACUCCAGUUUAGCAGCUUGUUGAACAACAGCAGAAUGAAUAUUGUUCCCGGGGCACAUGUGUGUGUGUGGUUGAGUGUAUGUGUGUAAGAGCAUCACUGACAUGCAGAGUACACAUGCUCAGUGGACCUUAGUGGGGAGAAAUGAAGGUUAAAGCUGUCACCAGGAGGAACGAUCAGCCUCAUGCGUGGAGUGACCUCACUGGCAGAGCUGAUAAUGGUGACCUCACCAAGAUCCCUGGGAGCUUUAUUUUUUUCACUUCAUGUUUUCAUCAUUCUCUAAAAGGAGUUGAUUUUCCCUUCUGUCCCUCCCUUUUGUCCCCUGGUUAUCUAAACCUGGAAUUCCCCUCUCUGUCCAAUCAGGCCAAGCCUCAGGACACCACUCCACUAAGUUUUCCACCAGCUUUCUGGCCUGCUCUCCUCCCAUCGAUGUUCUUUUGGUUUCCUGGUGUCAUCUUGACACCAUCUGUCAGUGCCUGGUUCACACAUCUGUCUGAAGAACAACAAAAAAAAAACAGAACAGUGCUGCACUGCCACCUACUGUGUUGAAUGGGUACUACAGACUUCAGGAGGCAAACAUACAUUCUCUGAUCUGUUUGUCCCAGAGUGGAGUAAGUUUGUCUCAUCGAGGUUACAUAAGGACAAGAGGCUGUAAACGGGACCUGAUAGAAUAUAUUAAAACAUUAAGAAGAAAUAUUUGGGAAACAUUAAAAUAUAUGAACAUGUCAUAUGGACACAUUGUACUAGUUUUUACACUUCAAAUAGUCUAAAUAAUAAGAACAAGUUUAUCACUUGAAAAUGAUCUGUGUGUCUGAUAAACUUCAUUAACUUUAUUUUUGUCAUUUACAGGCCCUGUUCAAUCUAACACUUUAGCAGUGGUGUGGUUAUUUGACAGGAAUAAUGCUCUAAUAAGUCGAAAAGUCACUGUAUGUAUUAAAGGGUAUUUUUAGCACAGCCAGCAGUGGGGCUCCAGGCAGAAUGUGUGUGUGUGGGGGGUCAGCCAGGCAAUGUCAGAACAAAUAUUCCCGCAGAUGGAUUUGAUCUGAAAUGUUAUAGUCACUUUCAUGGUUCCCGCUGGGUUUGAUUUGUCCUGACCUUUGUCAUCUCCUGGUUUAGUGUGACAGCAUCAUGAAGUUUUGGGGUUUGUUGUGACAAGUAGCAGUGUUCUCCUGUUCUCCAUAAGAUCAGAUAUUUUCAGGACUGUAGCAACUAUUUGUGAAAAUGUCUAAUACCCUCAGUUUAUUGUCUCUGAAUUUACAGCGUAUUAUAGAAAAGUGCUUGUGUUAUUUUGAAUAAAUUACACUGUGGGGAAAGUAGAGAAAACCAACUGUAAUGAUCGUCUAAACGACAGAUUGUGUUAAACCCUCUAUUAUAGGAUUUUAAUUUGAUAUAGAUCAAUAAAAAUCAAACUAAUGUUUGUUCAUGAGCUACAUUAGAGCAAAUAUGACCAACUGUGGUAAGACACUUUGUUCCUCUAUAGUUAUUUCCAUGCUGUUGUUAUUGCUGCUGUUGGGUUGGAGUCAGACAAAAGCUGAAACAGCUUCUGUUUACAUUUUCCAUGGUUAAGAUACACAGCCAGUCCUUCAGUUCACUGUUUAAAGAAAAAACAGGAUUUGGGUUAUGUCAGAAAACUCUACUCAACUAUGCAUCACCUCUGGAAUACCACAAUCGGCUGUUAUUAAUUGGUUGCACAAACACCGGGCAGGAUAAUGAGUCCACAAGGAUGUAGCUCUGUAUCCUGCUGUGUUUUUUAUAAGCUUCUGUUGUGUCUCACUGCUCGGUCUUCUCUCUGUUCCAGGUGGAGACUGAGAGUCAGGAGCUUGUCGACGGCUCCCUCAUAGACCUUUGCGGGGCGACCCUCCUGUGGCGCACAGCUGAAGGUCUCUCACGCACUCCCACGCUCAAACACCUGGAGGCGCUGCGGCAGGAAAUCAAUGCAGCCCGCCCUCAGUGCCCUGUGGGAUUCAACACGCUGGCCUUCCCUUCUAUGCGCCGCAAGGACACACCAGACGAGAAGCAGCCCUGGGUCUACCUCCAGUGUGGCCAUGUGCACGGUUACCACAACUGGGGAAACCACCGUGAGGAGAGGGAGGGCCGCGAGGGACGGCUCCGCGAGUGUCCGAUGUGCAGAACAAAAGGGCCGUACGUGCCGCUGUGGCUGGGCUGCGAGGCAGGGUUUUAUGUAGAUGCUGCCCCGCCUACGCACGCUUUCAACCCAUGCGGCCAUGUUUGUUCGGAGAAGACCGCAGCCUUCUGGAGUCAGAUCCCGCUGCCACAUGGCACACACACCUUUCACGCUGCCUGCCCUUUCUGCGCCCAGCAGCUCAGUGGUGAGCAGGGCUACGUCAGACUCAUCUUCCAGGGACCCCUGGACUAAAAAAAGACUACUUGACAGCAUCUUUAGCGUGAAACAGUGGGGGAUUUUCUCUGUUGGACCUGCAAUGAAAAAACUGAGAGCUCCCCCAGAUUUGUUUUCUUUCCUCUACAGUUGAGUAAAAACUGUUUUUUGGACCUUUUUGUCUCUUUCUCAUAUUUAAGUGACCUUUGUAUUGCUUUUUCAUGAAUGACGACAAAGAUUUCUAUAUUUUCAUGUGAAACCAGAGACACAAAAACCAAACAAAGAACACUGCUGGGUAAACCUUUUGUUUGUUUUUUGGAAAGAACUUUGAACAACAGUAUUUUUCAAAAAUAAUUAUCUACCGUAGCGCAAACAUACGGUUUUUAUUCCUGUUUAUUGUUGCAAUAUACAUCUGUGUACAUCUCUGAGAGCUAAUUUAAACAAAGAUGUUUAUUUAUGGCCUGGGAUUCAUCGCUUCAUCCUUUAUCUGUCAGAUACUUAAUACUAUUAAGCAUUUUAAUUUGAAAAAUACAGUAUAUUAUUGAUCAGAGAUCAAGUUCUUGGUGUGUUCUGAGGGUUUCGUUCUGUCUUUGCUCCCAUGUUCACCUCUCAGAUCUGUUUGCUGUAUUUAUACCCCAACAACCCCAACCUCUCACUCUGUGUGUCGAACCUCCAGUUACUCUUUUCUCUCAUUCUGCAUCAACAUGGCCUUUUCACAUUCAAAGCAAUAGAUUUGGAACCUAAUGCAUUAUGGGAAACCAAGUCUUCCAGGCUUGCCCUUGUAAGGCUUAGGCAGGCAGGCAGGCUGACUGACUGCUCCCUCCCUUUAAAAGUCCAAGUGACACGGUUCUGUGGACGAGUGAGUCUUUUCUGAUCACUGGUUAGCCAUGAUACCGCAGCUAUGUAGCCACAUACAAACACACAUAUACACAAACACACACAUACACACACAGACCAGGUCAGAUAUGAAAUACAUCUAAAGUGGGAAUGAACUAAUGGUACAAAAUAAAAGUAUAUUAUAAUUAUUAAAUCAGUACAGCACCAGAACAGGAUGCACUUCUCUGCCUGUAUGUGAUGUUUUGGUCUCACCUGUACAGUUGGUGCAAAUCUGGCUAGCAUAAUUUAACCAUACACAGUAUUCUGACUAGUGUUAAUAUUCGCAUUAAGCUGAGAUCGUUCCUUUCGACGUCUAAGAUCAAAAUCCUGACAAAGAGGACAUUAAACUCCAGCCAGCACAGGUUGUGUCACCUGUGAAAAUGAGUGUUGGAUGAUAAAAGACUGAUAUCCUGCAGUGUUUCAGGUGAGGUGUUUUUUUCAAUAAGCCAUAAUAAAAACGAGGAUAGACAAAUUGCUUUAGAUGGAAAGACAUUUUCCCACCUGAGCUGUGACAUGGCAGUGAGUCUCUACCAACAAGUUAGCCACGAAAUACAAGUUUGACUUAGGAUUGAUGCACACAAACACACAUGGAUACAUCAGAUUGUGUGUGCCGAGGGAGACGGUGUGACCUGAUAGAAAGCUUAAAAACACACACUCAAGAAACCUCAAGCAUCCAUGACCUCUUGCUCUACCUUCCACAGGGCUUGAGACCAAACAGUGCAGAGGAGACAGUUCUGAUAUCUUCUAAUAAAAGCACAAAUCCUCUCAAACACCUGACCAGACUCACAAAACCAUCUGCAGUGUCACUCACGGAUGCAGCCACAGUCACUGUAGGAAGACCGAGACACAAUCCAACUGUAGAAACGUCCCUCAACUGUUUUUAAAUACACAUUGAGCAUCCUUAGGCAUCAGUAGUGUGUUCCUGUGUGUGUUCAUUUGUGUGGGAGAGAGAGUGUAAUUUAUGUUAAGAAUGAUUGUGUGAGUGUAGUGUCUCAGUCAAGGAUCAUGUUCAUCACCCCUGUAUUCUGACCGCAUCACAUCAACUCGCCUCAGGGAGAAAAACAAUGACCUGUGUCAAAUCCACAGACUCAAUCCCAUACACACUCAGACAGACACACACACACACACUGUUAAGAUCCUCUGAGGAUACCUCAAAAGUGAAAAGUAUAUCAUAGAUUUAAGGUUUGUGUCCUCAGUUUAGUCCUGUUUCUGUGGAUUCAGUGUGUGAGUAAGGGCUUUAUUCUCUCUCUCUCUCUCUCUCUCUCUCUCUCUCUCUGUGUACCGUCUUUUCUACUCAAACGUUUGCCCAUCAGUUGUCUCGUCUUGCCCCCCUCUGCUCACCUAUUCGCCCACUCCUCUGUGCUUGUAAAGGCAAAAACAAAGAAUGUUUCCAGCGACACUUUUUUGUAACAACUUUAAACAAUAAAGUGUAAAAAGUGACUCACCUGAUGGUGUGCAGAGUUUUAUUUGCAUCAGCGGCUUAAGAUUGACAAAUGUUACUAAUUUAGUCAUUUAAUCGCAUUUUUUUUCUGCAAGGGUUCUUGAAAAUGAUACAGCACCUACUGUCAGGCCUCCACAAACCUUCACUUGUUGUCAUUACUGCAGUUAGUUGUGUCCAUUAGUUCAUCAUUUAUUUCCUGAUCACCUGCAUCUUACAAAAAGUUGUUGUAAUGAGCAUUUUUAUUUUCUUUUCCCUCAGGUAGAAUAAAACCCUUAAAUGAUCAUUGAGCAUGAAAGUUGUUGGCCAGUGAGGGACACCAGCUGAGUUUUACUAUCCUGAGUUACUCUGAGGUAGUAAGUGUCUGCCCUGGGAUUUUUUCCCCACCAUUUUUAAUUAGUUUAAUGCAGUUUGCUGUUCCCAAAGUCCGAACUGAGCCGGGAAAGAAGGCCUUUAGGUUUUCUGCUCCUUUUGCGUGGAAUAACCUGUAGACUAAAUUUAAAUGACAGAACAUAGUGCCUCUGAGUGUUUUUAAAUCUUUGGUGAAAACUCUUGAAAGCAAACUGUCUGUAUGCCACUGUUUUAGCUGACAUUUUAUUUUUACUGUGCUUGUUGCUGGUGUUGAGCUGUGUGAGUCUGAAUGUGUUUGUUUUUUUGUUUUUGAAACUGCUUUGCUGCCGUUCUUGGCCAGGCCCUCCUUAAAAAAAAGAUCUUUGAUAUCAGUGGGACUAGCCUGAUUAAAUAAAUAAAAUUAACUUUUGAAGGUUUGAACCAUAGACUGUGUAUGCUAUGGACAACAUGGCUCCACCUUCUGUUAUUAUACGAAUUUAAAGUCCAAUUGCUCCUUGGUAUUUCCAGAAUUUUCUCCACUUCCUGGAACCACCACUUGCACAGCAGCAUUGUAUGCAUUCGGUAGGAGAGUCGCUGUGAUGACGCUCGGCUCAAACAGCGUAUCCCCCGGGUGAGUUAUGUAAUCUGCAUACGCUCAUAGGCUGUAUCAAGUGUCAAUCAUAGAAAACAUGAACCCCCUAAUAACUUAAAAAUGGAGCUGCACAGGAAAAAGAAGAAUGGAGCACAAACCAGUCUUACAAUAACUACGUCAACUUCGCAACCAGGGGGGAGAAAGAAAUAUAUUCUGUGUCAUUCAUUUCCACAGUUUGUCCACAACUCAAUUGAGUUUGCUGGAGGAGAUGGGACUUUAUGACCUAUACUGCAGCCCGUCACCAGAGGGUGCUGUUCUCGUAGUGGCUUCACCCAGCAAGGAGGCAGAUAGCAUCCAUUCUAUAUACAGUCUAUGGUUUGAACAGACAUUGUCAAAUUACAUUCAAUAAUAAGGCAAUUGAUUACAACAGCUUCUUAACCCCCCACAUACCCAGUUCAGGUCGAAACUAAAUGAAGGCUGGUGGACACACUAAACACACAGGCACACACAGGGAUGAAAAUAAAUAAAUAAAUAAAUAAUGACAAAAAUUAGAUAAAAAUAAAUGAUAAUGAUAAAAAUAAUAAAUAAAUAAAAUAAGUAUUUAAACACACUGCACUGUGAUCUUUAAAGCUAGGCAGGGUGUGACUUCAAGCAUAAACAUGCUGCAAUCUUUUUACUGGAUAUCAAGUGUAUGAAAACAAACAGAUUUGUCUUAAUUUCCCAAACCUUGCUCAUUUACUUAGGAAUCCCAGCGCACUAAGGGUUUGCCCAUGGUUCCUUCUCUCACAUAGACGAAACACAUUUUUACAACACUGAAACAACAGAAAUAAAUCAUAAAAUAAAGAGAAGGUGGGGUCACUGAUCUGUAAAGAUAUAAACUGUAUAUGGGAAUCAUCAUUUCUGGAGGGGUCAUAUAGGCAAUUAUUACAUGACAGCCUCAGACCUGUAGUCUGACUCAGUCCUCACUGUAAGUGUGUUAUAGGACCAAAAGGUGACCGUAAGGGCACAUCACAAACGCUCUCCUUUUCAUGACGGCAACUCUACUAAAUGUCUAAAUGUGUUGGUCAGAGAGCAUUUCCUUUAUGUGCCUCAUGAGUCAGUGUGAGUUGGAGUAACCUCCCAAGCCAUGACUUGAAUUUUAUGAUUUUUUCAACUUAAACUCUCAAGCCAACACUUAGAUUAGAUCAUUAACUGAAUUUUCAAAUAUAACAAACAGGGGACCUUGUAAAAACAUUUUUAAUAGUAACAAAUUUCUUCUGUGUGAUGUACAUGUGACAGUAACAUAAUCAAUAAUCAAAUGUCCCCCAAAGACACAAAGAGUAAAUUAUUUUAUAACUGAUUUUGAGGUUUUGAUUAAAUAUUCAACACAGAUGUCUUAGUCCACUGACUGGGGACCAUGGGGAAGGGUUAUGGAACCAUGUAUUGUUGCAAUAUAACUGUGCUGUAUAUUUUAUGUCUCAGUGUAGUAAUUCAAGAUAUUUUGACCUUUAGCAUAGUUUUAACCAUAAGAGGAGUGCCUCUGAAGUUUUGUAUAGGUUUUCGGGAACCACUAUGGCAGCCUCCAGGAAGUCCUUUCCUUUUACAGAGGUACUACCCCACUCAGGCAUGCUGAACAAGCCUCAUCAGAUUCCUUAGCUGAUAAAGUUUAAUACUGUGAAGCCGUUGACAACAACACGUCUCCUUCAGCACAGGAGGUGUGAUGUAAACAGAAAAGAGAUAAUUUGAGGCUAAAGUUGACAUUUUGGAAAUAUACCUGUUUGGCGUCCCUGACAAGUUUCAGAGGAGAAGUUUCAGACUACUUUAAUGUGCCUCUUUGGUUUGAAACUACAGCCAGCUGACGCUGUUGUUGGCCUUCGAUCAGAGAUAUGUAUGAGAAAAAGCUAGCUGUCCAAAAAUUUAAGAAAGGAAAAACUACAAAUGCUUUUGAGAUGUGAGUCUGAUAUAGGCUACUGGCUCAAAUUAUUUAAAAAAAUACAGGUACAAAAACUGUAUGCCGUACAGGAUGUUUGUGGGCUUCAUUCUGUGUAUUAUUAUUGCAAAGCAAUGCCUCAUACCAGAGAUAGGAGAGAUACACCAACUUUAUCUCAUCUAACUCCCCACACGUUUCUAGUUGUGUUACUAUGCAGCCAAACAAGUUUAUCAGUAUGUAUCGAGUUGAUUUAAGCACCUAGUACAGAAGGACUAUUUUCUAAAGGACGGAUUAGAAAGGAAAUUUUGCCGAAACACUUACAAUAUACAUCGAAACUGAUGCAAAGUAAGUGGCCUACAUCUGGAGAGGCUCAGGGGAAGUGACUGCCAGGAAUCUGUCAAGACAGCUCAACAAAGAUGUCAGCUUAUUUCUUUGUCCUUGAAAACUUAAGCUCAAAAGCACUUUGAGCAAACAUUAUCACUCAAUUUAAAAAAUAUAUAUAUUUUUCAUUUUUUCAUUUCAUUUUUUUUUAUUAUUCCUAAUGGUCUCACUGUUGUAUUCUGUGGCUGUGCAUCUCAUCAUUAACAACCCAUUAUCCCAAAGGUCUGCUCUUUCCAGAUAGCAGACCAUUGCUGUGACAUGACCAUAAUCAGAUUCUGGUGGAGAGAAGUCCAGUAUAUUAUGCAGAAAGAAAGAUGUUUUACACAAAAACUGUCUGCCACAAGAGAGGAAGAAAAAAAAACUCAAGAUGGAAAAGUGAAAAAACAAAACAAACAAACAAAAAAAAAAACAGAACAAUAUUAGAAUUGACAGAAAAUGUCCCAGACG